AUGAAUUCCUUCCACCGUAUUGGCGCCGGCUUCUGCGGCACAGUCUGGACGAGUUCAUCUGAGCCUGCGAUAGCCUACAAACGCGAAGACGGAGGCCCCAGUCGCUCCCUCCACCACGACUACACCAUCCACAAACUCAUCGAAAGCAAACUCCAGCUCCUCCGCGAAAACACCAAUACCAACAUCAACAUCCAAAUCCAUCUCCCCAAAUGCCACCGCUUCAUCUCCCCCUCCGACCCAUGGUGGACCACCAACCUCCCCCGUUUCCCCGAAGGCUCCUCCCCCUGCAACGUCAUCGAAGUAUCGCGCAUCCCCGCCAUUCCCCGCGCAACCCGCGAAACCUUAAUAUCGAAAUACUGUCCGGCGACUUUACAAGAUGAGAUAUUUGCCAGCGCGACAAAUCGCGAUUGUCUGAUCCGACCGUAUCUAGGCCGGAGAUUACAUACGCCUACAUCGAAAAGGUCGAAAAAGUCGACAGAAGGGAGGUUUCAGGCGUUUUCGUUGCGCAAUUAUCCGCUUCAUUUGGAUCAGAUGGAGGAGUUGGAACUUGGCGAGUCGGGGUUGGUGCAGUGGUAUGCGACUGUUAUGGGGGAGACAUUGGCGAUACUGCAUUGGGGCGUUGGUGUUGAUGCGAAUGAUGUGGAAUUUGUUCUUGCGCCUCCUCCUUCUCCCUCUGGGGAUGGACAAACAGCGACCAACCCCCUUGGGGAACAUACAAUGUGGAUCCUCGACUUCGACCUCUGUCGAACGAUAAGCAUGGACGAAGAUGGUGUUCGACAGGCCGUGAAAGCGUACUGGGGUAACGAUCCGUUUUUCCCGCGACCUGGGCUGGAUGCGAAGCUAUGGGGGUGUUUCCGGGAGGGGUACUUGAGUGCUUGUUUGGGUGUUGUUGGGGAUAGUGAAGGGGAUGAGAGGGUGAUGCUUUCGAGAAUGUUUGUUGGGUUAGUUGAGAUGGGGUAG